AUGAAUUGGGUAUCUUCCAACCCUGUCUUGCUAAACUAUUUUGAUAAAAUUGUGGUGUUCAAUGAUUCUAGAGUGAGUAAGGAUAGGAUGUUUAUCUUUGCCAACCAAGUUGUGACAUCUUUAAAAGAAGAUGCUCAAGUGUACAUGAUCUUGUCUAACCUGGAGAUAGAGAAAAAGGUUUCCAUGGGUGACCUCCCUAUUGUUAGAGAGUUUCCUAAAGUGUUUCUUGAGGAUAUAUCCGAUUUACCACCUGAGAGAGAGAUAGAGUUUUCCAUUGACUUGGUACCCGGUGCUGGACCCAUAUCCAUAGCCCCUUGUAGGAUGUCUCCUGUAGAGUUAGCUGAGCUUAAGAAAGAGUUAGAGGAGUUGUUGGAUAAGCAGUUUAUGAGACCUAGUGUGUUUCCUUAG